GUCCCGGCCGCACAUUCCUCCAGAGCCGCUUCCUGCUCCCGGACCGGACCGUCAUGGCCCUGGCGGCCGCUGCGGGCAGGCCCCCGCCUGACCUGGAGGCCGCCCUAGACGAAUGCAUGGAGGCCAUGAACUCCUUCCUCUGCAACCAGUUCAGCCAGAGCCUGGAGAAGCUGCAGCCCAGGACCAAGGAGAGCAUGUACCACGCCCUGGUCUACGCCACCAUCCUGGAGAUGCAGGCCAUGAUGACCUUCGAGCAUGAUGACAUCGUGCAGGCCGGGCAGACCAUGAAGGAGGCACAGGAGAUUUGCCAGAGGUUUCGGAGGAAAUCCAGCGUGACUGGCUCCCUCACCGGCCUGGUCAGCAAGGCGGAUUCAUUCACCGAGGUGGAGCUGCACGCCGAGGUCUGCUACGCAGAGUGUCUACUGCAGCGGGCGGCCCUGACCUUCCUGCAGGAUGAGAACAUGGUGAAUUUCAUCAAGGGGGGGAUCAAGGUGCGGAGCAGCUACCUGAUCUACAGGGAACUGAGCAGUUUCAUCCAGUCCAGUCACUGUACAGCAGGCCCUGCCCACGUACACUUGGAGGGAGGGGUGGCACUGGGCAUCGGCGCCUUUAAUCUGACUCUCUCUCUCUUCCCUCCGCGGAUCCUGAAGCUGCUGGAAUUUGCUGGGUUUUCGGGGGACAAGGAGUACGGGCUGCAGCAGCUGCACGAGGGCGCGACCACCCUGAACCUGCGGGCCCUGCUCUGCACCAUGCUGCUCCUCUGCUACUACACCUUCCUCACCUUCAUCCUGGGGAUCGGGGAGGAUGAUUUCACGGAAGCCGAGAGCCUGCUGAGACCCUACCUCAUUCGCUACCCCAAGAGCGCCAUCUUCCUCUUCUUCGCCGGCAGGAUAGAGGAGAUCAAAGGGAACAUCAGCGAGGCCAUCUGCAGGUUCGAGGCGGGCUGCUCGGCCCAGCAGGCCUGGAAGCAGUUCCACCACAUGUGCUACUGGGAGCUGAUGUGGUGUUACGCCUACAAGGGCAUGUGGAAGAUGGCCUAUUUCUACGCCGACCUGCUGAGCAAGGAGAACCGCUGGUCCAAGGCCAUGUAUGUGUAUAUGAAAGCCGCCUUCCUCAGCAUGCUGCCCCCCGAGGAGCCCCGGCCCUUCGGGGAGAGCGAGGUGCAGCUGUUCAGGCAGGUGUCGUCUUUUAAGCAGAAGAUCGCGGGCAAGUCUCCCCCCACGGAGAAGUUUGCCAUCCGGAAAGCCCGGCGCUAUAAGGGCAGCCGCCCGGUCCCUGUGCCGGUGCCAGCCCUGGAGAUGAUGUACAUGUGGAACGGCUUCACCGUGCUGGGCAAGCAGCGGGAGCUGCUGGAGGGGACGCUGGAGACGCUGACGCAGGCUGAGAAGAAGCUGCAGGAGUCGCCAGCCGGCGAGUUCCAGACGGACGACCGGUGCCUCCUGCUGCUGCUGAAGGGGCUCUGCAUGAGGCACCGGCGGAGCCCGGCCGAGGCGGAGGCCUGCUUCAGCGCCGUGCUGGGCAGUGAGAAGCGGAUCCGCUACGAUCACUACCUGGUGCCCAACACACUGCUGGAGCUCGGCCUGCUGCACCUGGCCCAGGGCCGGAGCGAGGAGGCCAUCCCGCUGCUGCGCCGAGCCAGGAACAACUACAAGAACUAUUCCAUGGAGUCCCGGACGCUCUUCCGGAUCCACGCGGUUCUGUCCCGGCUCAAGGCGGAUCAGGAGGAGAAUGGCAUGGAAGGACCCAGCUCCUCCUAAGGAACCGCGCCCCGCCGCCGAGAAGAGCCGGGGGGGCACGGGACUCUGGGGGAUGGAAUCACCUGUCGUCCCCCCCCAGCCCCCACCGAAGGAGGGACCCUGCACUUUCAAUGAAGCCAAACUGAUUUAACCCUUCCUGCGCCGCUCCGCACCCCAGAGCAACUUCUUUGUCUCCAAAGGCGGAGCCUGGAAGGGGUGCGUCUGCUUUGGGAGUGUGCCCGCAGCACCAGGGGGUACCACUGUGACAAACAGGGGGCAGGGAGGCAGAGCUGGAUCCUGUGGGAGGGUGCCGCAUGGUGAGCCGGCCCUUUAAGUCUGAAUCCAAAUACCCUUAAAGGGCCAGUUCACCCUGCGAUGCCCACCCCUGUCCAAGUUUCCUAGGAUAAGGGCUAACCACGCCUCCGCCCCCGCACGCACACUUUAAUUAAACUAAUUUGGGACUAGUCACUUGGGGAGGUGCCGACUGCUGUACGGGACACCGUAAACACUGUGCCCUGUGUUUCCUAGCUGGUUUCCCUGGUCCAGCUGCAACCUCCCUAUCCACAGGUCCCUCGGCCCUCCAGGGAUCCCCCCUCCUACCCCAUUCUGGUCCCCCAUGGACCAGCUGGCUCCACACCCCACCAUGGCUGGGCCCUUCUGCAUCCGUAUUUCCCAUUAUCCUGUAGGAAUGGGAGCCACGGCGCCUUGGCAAGAGCUGGACGGGUAUUUCUUUCCGUCAUCGCCAGUGGGGCGUUGACUGAUGGUUUGCUGCGGAGAUCUCGUUUGGGGACGAUCCUGGGGACCCAGGAGCUGUCGCUGCCUCCUGCACUGGCAGGCGAUUUUUUUUUAAAUGCAGCCGUGGCCUUGUUUUUCUAUUUCCGCCUCUUCUUUUUUGGUCCGGAAAUUCAGGUCUCCCGUGAAAGCCCUCGGCACAGGGAAAAGGGCCGAAUCCUACGGCCGGUUCUUACAGUGUGUUUUUAAUGAGGUGGGCAGCCUCUGAGCCAUGCCCCCCCGCAUCUGUACAUGCAGGGAGGAGGGUAACCUCCGCGUUUGACAAAUGGGGAAACUGAGGCAAUGUGGCCUGCAACUGUGAACCAAGGACACCAAAUGGGGAAACUGGGAAUCGACCGCAGAUCUCUUGAGGCCAGGUGCUUUUUAGGUACUAAAUCAUCUGCCACCAUUUACCUCAGUCCACUCUGGCCUUGUCUAUAUUCAAGUCCCACCGGUUACACUUUAAUCUGAUCUAGUGAAAUCAGCGCAAAAGACUCCGGUUUAAGCCAGGUUUAUUUGGGUUUCAUUGCGGGGCUUGUCUAAACACAGAAGUUGGGCAACUUUAACUGACAUUGGUUUAGUACAACCAGUGCAUCUUUGUGCAUAGAUGCUCAUGGGUUGAAAUUGGGUUAAUAUUGGUCAGUCCCAUAGGCUGCAGAGCUGGAGGCCACCUGGGCCACGGGCCGACCCCUUUCAACAGGGGCCACUCACUCAAAUUCGGCCCGGCCAAGGCCCGUCAUGCUGAAGGAGCGGCCGGGCCAAACCCAGGCAGCCACACGCCUCAUGGCUGGGAGUGUGCCAAGGCCAGCAACCUGGGUCCUGCUCUGCGUGUGCUGCAGGCCGGGUCCUCGCUUGCCAGCUACCGAAGCAGAAGUGAUGUCGCUCCGGGCUGGGGGCUGGGAUAAGGUUAGGGGUCGGGGUUAGUGCCGCAUUCGCAGUCCAGCCAUCGCACGCUGAGUCCAGGUGCUGGGGCCUUGCAAACGCAGCAGGACAAUGGAGAAGGCUGUUCCCCUGCGCUUGUACAUUACACAAGAGAGCGCUGGGUUAUGGGAUGGACUAUGGGAUCCCACAAUGCACAGCAGCUGCCCCACAAGCCACAUGCCUGCUGGAGGAUGCUGGGAUGCAUACCCAUGAUGCACUGGGCUGUUUGCCAAGAGACCUCUGCUGGGCAGGCAAGGUGCUGGCCCACAGGUGUGAGGUUGAAUGCGCUCGAGUGGGGAGGAGUCUGUCCUGUUGUCAUGACAGAUCUGAAAUGCACGGCGUUAUCCCGGUGCAGUUUUCAGUGCAGCCAAAGCCUCAGUGAAACGGCUGCAACUUUGUAUGUAAUCGGGCCUGAGUUCGUUAGGAACAGAUUUAAGCUAAACCAAAAUAAGCGUCCACAUGGGCUUGCAUUGAUUUAAUUGACUCAGUUGCUUUUAAACCCAUUUAGUUACACAGGUGCACUUUCAAAUAGACACGCCCUGUUAGAGGACAGAACUGCUAUUGAGGGGGCCAGCACCCGUAUUGCACGAUUUCCCCAUGACCAAGAGACAGCUGGUUCGAUCCCUGCUCCAUGUGUGAAUGUCUAACCCCAGCACAGAGCUGGCGAGAGAAGAAACACCCGUCGCGAGGUGGCUGUGCUAAAGGGGUGAUGGGACUUUCUUUACAUGAACAAUUGGUUAAAUUAUGGAUGUUUGGGAUCUGUAUGGAGGAAUCUUAUUUUAAAAUCGAAUUGGGCUCCAUCAAGAGUUUUAAUGCCUUUUAAUUCUGGAGAUGAUGUAAUAAAAAAUACAGAUGUUUAAUUUGUA